CAAACCAACUGUAUAGACAUCAUAUGCUUCAAUGUCGUUGGUCCGUCCUACCAUACUGACCGUCGGAUCCCAGAUUCUCCCACUCCUGCCUCUCCCCUCCGGAUCUGUGUCCUCUCUGUUUACACCAUCGAUAACUUUCACUGUUGAAACUCAGCCCAACACACAGAGCCGCCCAAAGCUUCCGGUCCGUCCAUUUAUGUUUCAGAAAUAUGGAUGUGGGGGGAUCUUCUUUGGUGAGCUGAAAAUCCAUACAUUGUGAAACGGUUAUAUAUAGAUAUUAAAUCUUUAGUAUUUUUGGAGCGUAAUGGCUGGGAUCGCUGGUGCACAUGACCUUCUAGGCAGUGAUGAUGGGGUUUCUGAUGAGGAAACCGUUGAAAACGCUGGAGAACUCGAAGCCACAGAAGAUGGGCUAUUGCAGCAUUGUUAUUUAAACAGUGUCUCGAAUGAUCAUUUGAGUCUAAUAGAACCUUCACGUGGAGAUUUAACUGUGGAAAGCUUAGAACCAUAUAUUGGGAUGGCUUUUCCAUCGUUGGAUGAUGCAAGGGAUUUCUAUUAUGAUUAUGCCAAGCAGAUGGGUUUCACCAUAAGAACAAAUCGGAUCAGACACUCACUAAAGAACACGGCUAUAAUAGGGAGGGACUUUGUUUGUUCAAGAGAAGGAUUCCGUGCUGCAAAGCAUUCACUUAGAAAAGACAGGGUUCUUCCUCCGAAGCCAAUUACGCGAGAAGGGUGCAAAGCGAUGAUCAGGCUGGCCGCAAGGGAUGGAGGUAAAUGGGUUGUUACCAAAUUCGUGCGAGAGCACAACCACAAGCUGAUGACUCAUUGUAAAUUUUCUGGUGAACUGCCUAUCGUAAAUAUACUUAGUGAGGAAGAGAAGGAUAAGAAGAUCCAGGAUCUACAUGAUGAGCUUCAGCAUGAAAGAAAGCGAUCUUCAGCAUUCCGAGAACAGCUAUGCUUGAUUCUCAAAGAUAUUGACGAACAUGCUCAAUUUAUGUCCUUGAGAGUUGAAGACAUUGUUAAUAGCAUGAAAGAAAUUGAACUCGGCAAUACAUAGUUUCAAGCAUGAGUUUUUGAAAUUUCGUACUGAUCUUUUGUUUGUAAUAUGAAAGAAGAAAUACAUUGCUGGGGUCCUGGCAAACCGAAGAAAGGAAAAAGAAAAACAUGUUGACUUCUCUAAUGUUUUCCAAUUCAGUGAGGUUCAGUUUGAAUUGAAUCAGGUAAAGCUGGCUGAUGUUGAGCUUGGUUCUA